AUGCAGCUAAACCCUCUAAAAUGCGUCUUUGGAGUUGGCUUCGGGAAAUUCCUUGGAUUCAUGGUUAACCAACGAGGAAUAGAAGCCAACCCCACAAAGUUCAGGGCGUUGGUGGAAAUGCCAUCACCAACUAAGCCGAAAGAGGUCCAAAGCAUCACAGGAUUGAAGCUCGCUCUCGAGAUGAAAAUCGAGUAUCUACAAGCUCUUAGCGAUUCCCAAAUCGUGGUGUGCCAAGUAAAUGGAGAAUAUCUGGCCAGAGGCGGGAGAUUGGUUAAGUACUUAGCCAUUGUAUGUGAGCUCAUGCAGAAAUUCAAGAAAGUAAUCGUGUCUCGAAUACUGCGUGCUCGAAAUUCACACGCAGACGCACUGGCCCGUUUGGCCUCAACUAGAGAAGCGGAAUUGCUCGAUGUAAUUUCGAUAGACGUAUUGGCUCACCCAACUAUAAAUCAAGAGGUGAUCAUGGAAAUAGAUACCACUCAAGAAGUCACCUGGAUGACUCCAAUAGUCGCAUACCUGGAAAAGGGCAUUUUACCUGAUGAUAAGGUAGAAGCAAAAAAGCUGCGACAGCGAGCCGCCCGAUAUGUCAUGUACGAUAAAAGGUUAUAUCGCAGAAGUUUUAGUCAACCGCUACUCAAAUGCAUCGACGGUGAAGAUUGCGACUACAUACUACGAGAGGUACACAGGGGAAUUUGUGGCAAUCAUACAGGGGGUAACUCCCUUGCAUUAUAA